GAAGGAGGUCCCUAGGCCCUGCAGCUAGCUGUACUGGCUAUGCCGGUCAUGCAUCGGUGCUAAGGUCAGUUUGUAGGCUUAACUGAUCAAUACGACACAUAAACACGAUAAAUGAGUUCAGUUGUAACUGUGAGAUCAGAUCAAAGUCCAUUAUUCCCCGGCUUGCCUGCAAAAGUUGCCUGAGUGAUAGGCUAAUGCUGAUUCACUGUGUUGUCGGAAGAUGGUUGUGGCAGUGACACGUCAGAACGAUGAACACAGCGUCCUUGAAGAGCAGUAACAAAGAGGGGACAUUCCAGCUUGAGGACUCCCUCCCUCCGCUGCCAGUGCCCCCUCUGGAAAAGACGCUGCAGAAAUACUUGGAAUCCACCAAACCCUUCCUGACAAAGGAUGAAUUUGACAACACCCGGCGUAUCGUGACCGAGUUUGGCGAGGGCAUCGGAAAAGAGCUGCAUAAGAAACUGUUGGAGAGAGCACGCACCCACAAAAACUGGGUUGAGCAAUGGUGGGAGGAUUAUGCCUAUCUACAUACCCGCUCCCCUCUUGCCGUUCAGUGUAAUAUGGGCGGUAUGCCGCCUUGCCAUGAUAACAUCUGGCCCCCUUUGGAAGGCACUCAGUGUGAAAGAGCUGCCAUUCUGGCCUGGUACACCCUGGACUACUUCCAGAAAAUGCGACGAGAGCAGCUUCCAGUGGACAGGAAUCGCGCCGGUCAGGCCUUCUCAAUGAACCAACUCCGAGGUCUCUUCAACUGCACGAGAAUCCCAGGCGAAACCAGAGACCAGCUUCUGCGCUACUUUAAACUUGAGAGUGAGGGGCUAUGUUCUAACCAUGUGGUUGUCUUCAGCAAUGGGCACAUUUUCCUGAUGAGACCCAUUGACGACAAGGACAGACUUCUGCCUGCUCAAGAAAUAUACAGGCAGCUGUGUCACAUUAAGAAGCUGAGCACAACCAGAGGGCAAGGCAUUGGGGUGCUGACGGCCGACGACAGGCCCUCCUUUGCAAAAGCUUACCAACACUUGCGUGCAUUGGACCCUGUCAAUGCAUCCCAUCUGGAUACCAUUGAGCAGAGCGUGUUCAUCAUCUCGCUGGAUGAUGGAACACCAAAGACACACUCAGAGUACAUGGAGCAGUCCUUGAAGGGAGACGUGUACAGUCGUUGGGCCGAGAAAUCCUAUGGAUUACUUUGCUUCAAAACUGGCAUUGUUACUUGCAACGGUGACCACGCUCCCAUCGACGGCAUGACAAUUGUGAAUCUGAAUAAGAUCAUACAUGAUCAACUAAUACAGACAGCGGGGCGAUGGCCAACCUCAGAGUUUAUGGGUUUUACCAAUUACCAAGCACCAAAGGAACUUUUCUUCACGGUUGAUGAAAAAAUCCUGAAGGCCAUGGAGAAAGCAUACAGCACAUACACUGCCAAUGCUGCCAAUCUUGUGGUCCUGAGUAGUAGGUGCGGAGCUUUUGGCAAACAGUGGUGUAAGAAGUUUAAACUCCACCCAGAUUCUGUCUUCCAGUUGGCUCUACAGCUUGCCUACUAUAUGCUGCAUCACAAGCCGGCCGCAACAUAUGAAACAGCCACCACCCGACAAUUCUACCAUGGACGCACGGAAACACUGCGCUCAUGCACCUCAGAGGCUGUGCAGUGGUGUCAAGCGAUGUUAGAUCCAUCAAGAUCGGUGUCAGAACGAAAAGCCUUAUUUCUGACGGCCAUCAAGAAGCACGAUGAAAACAUGACCAUGGCUUGCUACGGAGAGGGUUGCGACCGGCAUCUGUUUGGUCUGCAGAUAAUCGCCAUGGAGGAAGGAUUGCCUGUCCCAGCUCUGUACACGGACCCCGCCUACACAAAGAGCGGAGGCCAGGGGACUUUCAAGCUGUCUACAAGUUGUGUCGGGUAUGUUCGCUCAUGCAUCGGUUGCUAUGCACCAAUGUGUGAAGAUGGCUAUGGUGCUUUCUAUAACAUCGCUGAUAAUCACUUUCUGCCAUGCAUGCUGUCCUUCAAGUCUAGCAAGGAGACGGACGUCAAGCGGUUCUUUGUGGCUGUCAAUGCCAGCCUGGUGGACAUCCAGAACCUUGUCAUGACCGGUGACCCCAAGCUCUAAGGCACAGCCUGGAUAUUCAUCCACUCUCUGCAACCCUGGAAAGGUGUUUUCUAAAUUAAUCAUCUCCCAAUGUUUUCUAAAAUCUUCCAUAUAAAUCACGUCAUGAUAUUUUUAGCUGCCAAUUUAAGAUUUGCAAGAUUGUUGAUGAGUACCAAUAUUUUAUUACAUUCAAUUUCCUUUAGCUGUACAAAAUUGUCCAAAAAUGUUUAAUGGCUUGCUGACGAAUGCGCAGUAAUAUUACUGCUUCUACUAGUGUUCAUCAGUUAUCUAAAUGUAGUUCUGUUGGUAGUGUAGUGUGAUUUUGGUAGCAAAGACAAUGUAAAAUAUAGGAUAACUCCCGGGCGGUACCUUUGUGGGUGAGAUUGUAUUUCGUUUAUCGUAAAAGCAAAGACAAUGCAACAGAUGGAGAUAACUUUUGACUGGUUGUGUAGGCAAAACUGUAAUAACUAGCAAAGACAGUGCAACAAAUGUCACUGUGUCCAUCUUGACAUGCCCCUGCAAUUUUCGGUACUGGUAGUUACGACUCUCGGCAGUCAUUUCCAGAUUCUGAAGAAAUACAUGUACAGUCGACUCUCGUUAGAACAAAGUUGCAGGGACCAGAUAAAUUACUUUGUUAUAAUCAGAAUUUUGUUGUAAGAGGAGU